UAACGGAUCACAAACGGAUUUGCAAAGUGAAUAUUGUUUUAGUGUUAAAAAGUGUCUUAUGAGGUGUAAAUGUGAUUAAUUAAUUUUAUAUGGAAAUCCGAUUUGAAGCACAAAUUGUAAUCAUGAGUGGAAAUACAGAAUCAACCUCUAACAGUAUCAAAUUCACUCCAAUGCCGAUGUCGGCAUUACUCGCUAAUUUAUUGCCUCUACAAAAGCAAUCAGACAGUCCAGACACGAGUUUUAUGUCCGAUGAUGAAAGCGAUAAUUCCAUAGGUGAGACGGUUUCCAAGAAGCCUUCUCCAUUGAAAGUAAACAACGACUUGCGCACGCCCAACGCUCGAGCUGUUCAGCACAAAGAAAUCAUCAAAGGUUAUACUUCCGAAAGGAAAGUCACUCACAGAGAACACGACAAAGAGAACAUUAACGAUGAUAACCGAACGUACCCCAACAAUAAAAACAAUAACAUCUUUCACAGCACACACAAAAGUAUUCCUUCAAUGCAACCACCUUCAGAGCAGAGAAGUCGCACUGCUUCAGUGCAACACUAUAACAAUAAGGUCCUUCAAAAUCAAAUAAAUUCUGUCCAUAAAAAGACACCUGAAAUAUCUCGCAUCCCUAGCAGUAGUCAAAAAGUUAAAAGUGCAACACCUAAAAUUAAAUCGGGAAUCAGAAGAUUCACGCCAGGCUCCAAGCAAAGUAAUAAGAAGACUCCCCAGAAGGCUGUGAUACAAAAUAGGGACAAAGUCAGAUGUGAGUUAUUUACUCAAAACCCGAGUAAAGAUGAGUGUCCACCGCCGCGGCCGGAGCCCGCUCCAGCUCCUGUCCCAGAGACUCCCCUCAAUAAGAAAGUUGUGCCCGCAGCAUACGCUGCCACUCCUUCGUACCCACAGGGGCCCGGGGGCAACAACCCCAAAAUUCUAUUCAAGACCACUAGCAUCAAAGAUAAAAAGUACAUGUUUAUCAAGAAACUGGGCACUGGAGGCUCUAGUGAAGUUUAUAAGAUGUUAGAAGUGGGCACGUCCUGUGAGUACGCGGUGAAGUGUGUGAACCUGGCCACGGACCAGGAGCUGGCGCAGGGCUACAUCAACGAGGUGCGGCUGCUGCGAGAACUGCAAAACUCGGACCGAGUUAUCAGGCUUUAUGAUUACGAAUACGACCGCACCAACCAGCUGCUGCGUAUGGUGUUAGAGGUGGGCGAGACGGACCUGUCUUCGUUCCUGCGCGCGCGCGGCGCCGGCCUGCCGCCCGCGCUCGUGCUGCACUACUGGGAGGAGAUGCUGCACGCCGUGCACUACAUCCACGAGCACGGCGUGAUCCACGCAGACCUGAAGCCAGCGAACUUCCUGCUAGUAUGCGGGCGGCUGAAGCUGAUCGACUUCGGCAUCGCGUCGGCGAUCAGCAGCGACGCCACGAGCGUGGUGCGCGCGCAGGCCACGGGCACGUAUUCCUACAUCAGUCCCGAGGCGCUCAUGGGCGGCGCGGGCGGCUACGGCGUGGGGCCCGCUGACGGCAGCGCGCCUAUCAAGAUCUCGUUCCGCUCGGACGUGUGGUCGCUGGGCUGCAUCCUGUACAGCAUGGCGUACGGGCGCACGCCCUUCGGACACAUCCCCAACCUCGCCAAGCUGGCCGCCAUCCUCGACCCCAACCACCGGAUCGACUACCCGCCUGUGGAGCACCUCCCUCCAUCACUAAUCGCGGCGCUGAAGUGGUGCCUGACGUACAACGCGCGCGCGCGGCCCUCGGUGCGCGAACUACUCGCCGUGCCGUAUAUGCAGCCUGCGCGCGCGCCGCUACCUGCCGCGCUACUUGAUAAACUGAGACCUAUGUUAGAGCCGCAAGAGUUCAGAUUGCUGCAGCGAGCGAGGGUUUAGCAGUAAUCAACAGCGGCGAUAAACUCAUUCG